AUGGAGGAAGCUCGAUAUUGGAUGUGGGCUAAGAGGAAACAGUUUCUGAUGAGCACAUCCUAUGGUAAUUCUUGGGAAGAACAGGCUUUUGCAGAAGACUCAGCUGGAUCUCUUGGAGGAUGUAUAUGGCCUCCUAGAUCUUAUUCCUGCAGCUUCUGUAGGAGAGAAUUUAGGUCUGCUCAAGCCCUAGGUGGUCACAUGAAUGUCCAUAGAAGGGACAGGGCUAGGCUCAAGCAAUCUUCUUCACCCCCACAUACUGAAAUCCUUCCUCAUCAGAUUAACCCUAAUUCCACUAUUGUUACUACAUCAUCUCUUUCACCUGCUAGGGUUUCUGAACCAUCCAAUACUUCCCCUCCAUCCUGCAGGUCUGAAUCUGUUGCUGUUAGGGUUUUCGCUGUCUCUGAUUCGAAGAAGAUUGAAGGAUCAGGUGGUGGUGGUGGUGAUGAGUAUUUAGAUCCCAUGGAGGAUUUAGAUCUUGAGUUGAGGCUUGGUGAUGGUCCCAAGGUGAAGUUGUCACCACAUCCCCAUUCGGAUAAUUCAUUGGAACAUCUUGAGCCAACUAGGAUUGAACAUCCAGAUGAGUCAGUGAAGCUUGCAACAGAGCUUCCAACACGGCCAUCUCUGCAUCCAUCGCUUCAACUUCAUCCACCACAACGUGAUGGCCAUUAA